AAUCUCCGCCCUCCCCUUCAAAGCCCCGCCCCCUGGCCUAGCGCAGGCCCCGCCCCUUCCCAUCUGAGGGGCGGCAGGAGGGGGCCUGGAGAAAGAUGGCGGUGAAUCAGAGUCACACCGAGAAUCGCCACGGGGCCAUCAUCCCUUUUGGCGAAAGUGUCUUGACACAGUGUCAGGAUGUGGACCUCUCCUUCCCACGGCAACCAGAGGGAUGCAGUCUCUUCAAUGGUACAAAAAGGGGAACACUGUUUCUCACUUCAUACCGGGUGAUCUUCGUGACUUCACAUGCAGUCAACGACCCCAUGUUUUCUUUUAUGAUGCCAUUUGAGCUGAUGAGUAACUGUACCAUUGAACAGCCAGUUUUUGCUGCCAACUUCAUUAAAGGAAUCAUUCAGGCAGCUCCAGAUGGUGGCUGGGAAGGACAGGCUACUUUUAAAUUAUCCUUCAGAAAAGGAGGUGCCAUCGAAUUUGCCCAGUUGAUGAUGAAAGCUGCUUCUGCUGCCGCCAGAGGAGUUCCACUUGGAAGUGUAAAUUACUGGUUCAGCACUCCAGGACUGUAUGUAAUUACUGGGCAGGGGGGUGUGAUGUGCACCCCACAGAUGCCUUGUCCAGCAUACCCAUUUGUUGUCUAUGGACCCCCACAGGCAGGAUAUGGACCCCCAGAGGUGGGAUAUGGACCCUCACAGGCAGGAUAUGGACCCUCGCAGGCAGGAUACAGACCCCCACUGGUGGGAUAUGGACCCCCACAGGUGGGAUAUGGACCCCCACAGGGAGGAUAUGGACAACCACCUGGAGUAUAUGGAAUCCCGCCUGCAGGAUAUGGAGCUCUACCAGCUGGGAAUGAAGCUUCAGCAUCUAGAAAUGAAGUCCUACCAGCUGCAAAUGAAGCCCCACCUCCAAGAUAUGAAGUUCCACUUGCUAGAAAUAGAGUUGGGUCUGGCAAAUAUGUGGUACCUCAGCCUUCUCAGUAUGACACUUCUCUUCCCCCUGCCUCAUCUUCUGAGGCCCGUCCACCAUCUUCUCUGAUAUAACCCUUGAAGACUCACCAAGCAAAAUGGCACCCAACAACUGAAUAAUGAUAAUAAGGCAGACUCAGGUGCCAGGCAGUAGGAGAUGUUUCCGUGCACAUGGUGGCUCAAUCCUCUCCAGACAUCUGUGAGGUCCUGGUUCUCGUUAGAAAACAGGCCUCCUUCCUGCCUAUGUCCUGAGGAGAAAAGAGAAGCUAAUGUAACCGAAGAGGCUGGGGUUACCCUGGCUUUACACCCUGGAUUAAAGUCUGCUUGCUGUUGAAACA